CAACCUAUCAUUUUGGUAAUUGCCGAUAUGAUCACAAUGAACAAAUAUUACACAGGACAACAAACUAUAUGGAUCAACCAAGCCACUGUGUGAAAUUUCCACUUCGAGAAUAGACCUGACUACCUCAUAGAGCAAUUGAACAAGGUCCAGUUCGAAGUAUCAUAACAAAAGUUGCCCGGGAAAGAAACACAAGGCCACUGGCUGCUACCUCAGAUCCACCGUGGAAUCGGAGCGAUGUCAACGGCAACGACAACAACGAAAUGGCUGAAUCGGAUAGCUUCAGAUCCAUACUAUCUUCUCCACUUCAUUGCAUGCUUCUCCUACAUCCCUAUGCGCUGCGCCGCUUCCCAUUUUCUCAUUCCUUCUCGCAACGCUCUCCUUGUCAAACGCGAAAUUCAAGCACUUGUUGCUUUUAGUGCGAUAUCUGUUGUGAAGACAGUGAGGGCGGAAACAUGGCAGACAGUCAUCUCAGAUACUCUAUUUUUUGCCAAGAUUUUCCUUAACGCACUUGCUUUAGUUAUGGAUUAUCACUUGGCACUCUGGUACACAUUGAUGUUUUUAGUCAUACAUAUUCUAACACAACAGCCUCCCUACGAAGGCCUAGGCAAUUCAAUUCAAUUAACCCCGUUGCAACUGGAGGCUUUGCUUACUGAAGGGACCACUUCAAGAUUUUGGUUGGUAGAGUUUCGUGCAUUGUCAACAUCAACUUGUAUAUGCACCAGUUCGUUUUUCCCCGAACUCUCAAUCACAUACUCAAACAAAAAUUUGUCCUUUGGAGUAGUUGAUCUUGGUCUCUUCCCAAAUGCUGCAGAAAAGUUCGAAAUUUCUUUGGCAAGUUUGAACCAACUUCCACUCUAUAUACUAUUUGAGAAUGGAGCCGAGGUCACACGUUUUCCCGAGUUGGAUUUUCAGGGAACAGUUUUCAGCUCUUCUGUAACAAAGAAACUUCUAUGUGAGCGCUUUGAACUUGAUAAGCGGCUUCUAGAUUACAUUGUCGGAAAAUAGGGGCAAAAAGAGCGCACACGCUAUACUCCAUUGAGAGCAGAGACUGGUCUGAGUCAUUCUUAACUGGAACUGUAUAUCUUUCAGUCCGAAAGUAUAUCUUUCACUGAUUAACAAAAGAGUAGUAAAUCUCCAUUGUAUUCACUUCAUGUAAUGACCUCUUGAACCUUACUGAUUUAUGUAAUCUCAAAGUGACGGCUGAGGUUUAUUUCUGACUGCCGUGGAGUAAAAUGGCUGUAGUGAAACUUCAUUUUUAUCCUCUUUUAAGCUAACUUCAUUGUAAUAAAAGGAAAGGUCUGAAACA